UGAACUUGAUUCGAAUAUUAAUGUCAAAAACGAAGACCCUGAUUCGAUUGCUGAAGAUGAAGAUGAUGAUAAAGAAUCUGCUAAUGGUAUUUCAGCUCCUUGGGAUGAUACGAUAUGGAAAUUUCUUCUAUUAUAA